ACUUUGACCACCAACCGAGAGGCGUAGCGGAGCCUGAAAGGCGGGACAGGAAGUGAAGCCGCCGCUCCGCAGGGUGAAAGGUUAGCGGAAGUGGCCUUCUUUCCUUUCUGCUGGGAACCGGCUACUUGCUGUCGAAAUGGGCAAGUUCAUGAAACCCGGGAAAGUGGUGCUGGUCCUGGCUGGACGCUACUCCGGACGCAAAGCCGUCAUCGUGAAGAACAUUGACGAUGGCACCUCAGACCGCCCUUACAGCCAUGCCCUGGUGGCUGGAAUUGACCGCUAUCCCCGAAAAGUGACAGCUGCCAUGGGCAAGAAGAAAAUCGCCAAGCGAUCAAAGAUCAAGUCUUUUGUGAAAGUUUAUAACUACAACCACCUCAUGCCCACAAGGUACUCUGUGGACAUCCCCUUGGACAAAACUGUUGUCAACAAGGAUGUCUUUAGAGACCCAGCUCUGAAACGCAAGGCGAGGAGGGAAGCCAAGGUCAAGUUUGAGGAACGAUACAAGACAGGGAAGAACAAAUGGUUUUUCCAGAAGCUUCGCUUUUAGGUAUAUUUUUGUUUCCAUCAUUAAAAGUUUAAAAAAAAAAAAAA